GUGCACAUCCUGACUCACUCCUGUGGAGCAGAGUUUCUCUUUACAAACUGGUCUGCCAUUGCAGAGUGCUUCAUGCCAUCGAGACGGAAGAGGCCGGAGGUGGCGGCCAGUCGGGGUGCCGCUGAGAACAACAACUCAACGAAGCGGCCACGCUGGAUUCCCAAGCAUUCACGGCACUUCGGGACGCAAGACGACCUUAGCCUGCACAUGGCGACGCUGACGAUGCUCAAUCCGGACGUGGAGCUAGACACCGUCAAGAGGCUCCUCCCGGACAUCAUGCAUUCUGCUGAGCAUUUCACGGCGUACAACGACAGUAACGAUGGGGCUCUCUUCUGGAGCGGCGUGGUGCGCAGACUGAGCAACGGCCUCUCGUGUAAGGGCUUUCACCGCCGAAAGCUUCUUGGGACGACGGUUCAGCCACUCUUCUUGGAAGAGCAGGAUGUUCGGAAAAUUCUCCAUAGCGGCAGCAGCCGGGGAAUGCGACGAAGGCACACCUUGGAUGGAGUCAGCGCCACGCAAACCACGCGGAGCCGAGUAUUGUCAGGACUGGGCCAUCAACUCAGCCAGAUGCUCCACCCUCCGCGAGUCCAAGGUGAUGGGACUAUCGAGAUCAUCGACUGCUCAAACAUCGAGCAGAACGUCCACGCGCUGCGCCACAACUACUUCAUGUUAAACACGCAGAUGGUCGAGGACGUUUGCGAACUGAUCGGCCGUCGUCAAAAAGCCCAACAUCGCGUUCGCCUUUGCCAGCACAGCAACGGCAACGUUUACAGUUUCCUCUCGCCUCCGGCGUUCUUGAAAUCGAACUGA